AUGAGUUCGAUAUUGAAAAGUCUGGGAGUUCGCUUCAGUCGGUCUUUGAGACUACCGUCUCCCUCGACUACGAACAAAUCAGACGCGACUUUCUUCAGUCCCGUCUGGCAAAGCGCGCUUCUCAAGGAAGACAUCAUCCACGAUUGGAAGCAAAGGAGAGUGGGGAACAAGGAAGGUCUUGGUUUGAUCGAGCGCCUGGAUCGCAUUGAAAGCAUUCUUGACCAGCUAGCGAGAGACUUAAAGAUGCAAAAGACUGUCAACGAUCAGCUUGCAAAGGAACGCAAAGCUGAAAACGAGUCUCAGUCUCUCUACCUUACCGCUCACUCCGGGAUUUUCAGCAGGCGUAGAGAAAAUGUGAUCCAUGGAGGAGACAUUCUCGGUGAUCUUGAAGUCCUCGAGUGGGCAAAGGAUAAGCUUCCGUGGCGGUACGAUGGUGGACGCGAAGGAUUUGAGUCCAAGUACUGUAUUUCGAUGCAAUACAAAGAUCAAAUCUUGGUUGCCCCGGAGCCCAUCAUCAAAGCUUUCAACAUACUCGGUGAUAUGACGACUCAUAUUGGUUGGUGCACUUCAUCUUUGGAAGGAAUGGCAUAUGCAAGCUGUCGGAUCAUCAUUGACAAGUGGCUUGAGCACAUCAACACAGCUGGAAGAGAGUAUCUCGAGGAUGUAAUCAAGCGCGAAUUUGAAAUUCUUGAUAGAAUCAAGAAUGGUAAAAAUAAGACUUGA